UGUGCAUGCAUAUAACCAUGUAUAUGUAAUGUAUAUAUAUACACUAUAUAUAUGAUUAGUACACACACAUUACUUAAUGGAGUUUAACCCUUCUGAAUUAUCAUCUCUUCUUCCAUAUUUCAGCUCAAACCGCCGGCCCUUCACCGGAGCCUUGCCGGAGAGUGGAGUUUCCUAAAUCUCAACAACUUAUAUAUACAAAGACUGAAGCUUGAUUUCUGCUUCUAAUUACAAGAUGGUGCAGCUAUCCAACAUAUUCAACACACUAUCGAAAAACAUAUCAAAUAGAACUGAAAAGAAGAGCAGGCUUAGCACUGGAAGGGAGGCUGCGGCUGUUCUGUUAAAGGAAGCAAAGAGGAAUGAACGGCUGCUGACCUCUUCUGGUUCCAUAAAUGGCAGGAAGAGCGAAACCUUCGCUUCUAGCUACUCAAAACGAGGCAAAAAGGGAAUCAAUCAAGAUUGCUUCAUUGUGUGGGAGGAGUUUGGUGGCCAAGAAGACAUGGAUUUCUGUGGAGUCUUUGAUGGACAUGGAGCAUGGGGCCAUUUUGUGUCGAAAACUGUUAGAGAGAUGCUGCCUUCGUUGCUUCUCGGUAGUUGGAAAGAGGCUGUUGAGCUCAAUGCAGGCGACUUGGAUUGCAUCUUGGAGUCGGAGAAGAAGCAGAUCCAGUUUGACGUGUGGGAGCAGUCUUUCUAUAAGGCUUGUGCUGCAGUUGAUCAAGAACUCGAGCGACAUUCUGCAAUCGACUCUUUCCACAGUGGCUGCACUUCCUUGGCGCUUGUUAGACAGGGUGAUCUCAUGAUAGUUGCAAAUGUGGGCGAUUCGCGGGCUGUGCUAGCAACUACUACAGACGAAGGGAAUUUGGUCGCGACUCAGCUUACAACCGACCACAAACCAAAUUUACCAUAUGAGCGCAAACGCAUAGAGAAGUCUGGAGGGAUGGUUUACUCCUGCCCGGAUGAGCCAGGGGUGCAUAGGGUCUGGCUGCCAAACGGGCAGGGGGUCAGAGGCCCGGGCUUGGCUGUAUCGAGGGCAUUUGGUGACUACUAUAUUAAAGACUUUGGCCUAAUCUCUGAGCCACAGAUAACACAAAGGUGCAUUAGCAGCAUGGAUCAGUUUGCUAUUUUGGCAACAGAUGGGGUGUGGGAUGUGAUUUCCAAUGAAGAAGCAGUGGAGAUUGUUGCUUCUUCAAAAAGGGAUGAAUCUGCAAAGAGGCUGGUUGAGUAUGCAGCUUGUGCAUGGAAACGCAGGGGAAGAUGUGCUGUGAUGGAUGACAUUUCUGCCGUCUGUCUCUUCUUUCAUCAUUCAGCUUCUUCCGGUCAAGAGACGACCCCGUGAAUGGGAGCCACGGGCGCAUCUAUUAGAUAGUCGUGCAGUGGUUGCAGAUUUCUCUCAAUUAUUUGUAAAUACAUGUUUUUAGAUCAAGGACACUCAUUGAUCUAGCUUAUGAAGAGUUAUUUUGAUC